AUGAUGCUUGCCCAAACUCUAGCUGUAUGGCUUCUUUCCGCCCAAGCCAUCUUCGCCGCCUACAUUCAGAUCAAGCCGUGUCCCGACGCCGACUCUCUACUGGAUCAUGACCUUUCAGCUAGGGCGUCGCUUGUCCCCAAGACCGACGACAACGGGAGAAGGCGCCUUGAGCUGGAGUUUGCAGGAGGAUACAAUGAGACUAGGUGUAGAAUUGUCCAACAAAUGAACGUUUCGUCAUCGGUUUCCAUCACCUCGCUCAGCGCAACCUCGAGCUUCCAAGGCCUCACCGAGUCCGUGCAAUGCACCAAGUUCAUCCGCGAGGGCAAGCCUUUCUUUUACCCUUCUCUCAAGUUCGCCUACGACGUUCCUACUUAUCCGCUCAGCACCUACUUUCUCACGGCACACCUGCGCGGCAAUGGCCAGCAAAUCGCCUGCUUCAACGCAUAUUUAACUCCAGACUUGGGGCCAAUCGCCUCGCCGAUCCUUACUUGGGUUCCCGCUGCCAUCCUCAUGCUGAUAGUUCUGUCGAGUCUCUGGUGGGAGAUGUACAAUCUCUCCCAUGAAGAGAACACGGGCGACGAACCCGACCAGAUUGGCCCUUUGUUCCGCGAACCUGGCCGGCAGCACAUCGUCCGGGUGGCCAACUGCAUCUCCUACCUUCAGUUCAUCUUCUUCUCCGGAGCGCUUAGCCUCAGCUUCCCCGGCUUUUUCCAACCCAUUGUUAGUCGCACCAGCUGGUCUACUCUGAUGCUUCGGGUGGGGGUCGUGGAUAGAACCCCGUGGUACUUCGGGGUCAGUGACGGGCUGUACGCCAUCAACGGCACGUUUGGCGGAACACCUGGGCUGGAACUGAUGACGCAGGUCAUGGGCGGGACUCUCACGCUGAAUGCAUGGUUCAACACCAUGGCCCUGGCAGCCAUGAUCCUGUUCCUCAUUGCAAGCAUGGUGUUUCUCGGACAGAAACUGGAGUGGGCUCGCAACUUGUUCCAAGCGAGGAGGUCGCUCAUUUUCCGGGAUGACGUUGAUCCUGGUGUCAAGGGCAUGCUCUGGGCAACGCUGCGACUGUUUUGCAGCUAUCUGCUUCUUCCGCUCGUGGCAUGGUCAACCUAUCAGCUGACCCAUAGCGGGGCGGUGCCGGUAUUCGUCGUCGUUGCUGCCUGCAGCGUCGUUUGCAUCCUUGUUGCUCUCAUCUGGUGGGCCAUCUGGCAGAGCAGCCCGCGCGCCAUGGGCUAUUUUCUCGUCGACACUGUAAAAAGCCACCAAAGCUUGAAUCGCUUAUCCAGGAUCCAGGGGACUUAUGCCGUCACCAUCUUUGUGCUGCUGUUUGUACGAGGGGCAGUGAUUGGGGGUCUGCAAAGCGCCGGCAUGGUGCAGCUCCUGAGCCUCUUGGCCACCGAGGCUGUGCAGAUUGCUCUCUAUGCUUACUCCUAUCACGAGAGCCCGUUCAAGUCAUGGUCGGGCAUCAUGCCGGCCGUCCGGCUGGUCGUCUUGAGUCUGCAGGUGGCUUUCCUCCCGGGAGCGGCGGGAUUCGUGGCCAAGAGCGUUUUGGGUUACGCGAUUUUGGUUUUCCACGCGCUUGUUCUCUUGCUUUGUUUCGUGUCUCCUGCAGUAUACGACAUUUAUUGCCUCGUCGCCCCGAGCUCGAUGAGGACUGGUCGUCAUAAAUGGGGUCGAGGAGACGGGCGGGCCCCAGUAUACAACCUGCGACAAAUCAUGCGUCGGCCCACCAGCUUUCGCAACUUCACCGCCCGUGGACUUGCCCCUCUGGACACAGCGUACAGCAGCCACCAGCAACAACGUGGCCAGGCCCCGGCGACGCGGGACUCGAGCUCCCUGCCGUCCCCGACCGAUGCCGAAAGGUCACCCUACUUCCGCAGCCCAAGAUCCAGAUCCACGGAGCUUCGAAACUGGGCCCAAUCGCCUGCUUCCGCUCAUCCUUCGGCUUCCACCGAGACCCGCUCAGACGUGGGCUCGGAGCCACCCAACGCGGCAAGUCCAGACGCGGGGCCGGAACCUCCCAAGGGGGCAGGUCGGGGCGCGAGCUCGGAGCCAUCCGGGCCAGCAAGCCACGAGGCGCAGGGAAGCGACCUGUCGUGCCUCCCGUUGGACCCGGACCCCAGCGUCGACUACUCGUUUCGGGAGGCGGACCUCUACUACGUGCAGCCAAAGACCAAGAUGUUUGGCGAAGACAAGACGCCGCAGGGCAAUCUGGUCAAGUUGAAGCUGCAGAAACUAGGUUCUCUUCGGCGUAAGCUGGCUGCAGAGAAGGGCAGGCGAUCGAGUGGCGGUGAAGAAGAGACGUAA